AUAUUGGAAUCAUUAUCUUGGAGACUGCGAUAUAAAAGGGGUUCACAGAUUCACUGGACUUCAUACCAACAAUCAACUUCAUUCUCACUCAACUACAACUCAUCAACUCCAAACACCAACUCCGCUUCACCAUGAACUCCUUCGUCGCUCUUGCUCUCUUCGCCACCUUGGCUGUUGCCAACGCCGGACUUUUGGCUACACCCGCCGUCGUGCACACCGCCCCCAUCGUGGCCGCUGCCCCCGUCCUCCGAGCCGCACCCUUGGCGAUUGCUCACCCUGCCCCCAUCGCUUACGCCGCACACCACGCCGUCGUCGCUGCCCCAGCCGUUGUCCACACCCGAACCUUCCACGGAGCCGCACCAAUUGUCUACCACGGUUAAGCUUCGAAUGCCACCAUGCUCAAUCAACGAGUCCGAAUUGGACGAGCCUUUUUUACCUUUUUGUAAAUCAUACUACCAAUCUGAAGACAAUUCAUAGUCCAAAAUUUGAAAAAAAUAAAAUCAGUCAGCCUAUACCCACCCAAUCACAAA